AUGGGUACUGAGAGCCAGUGGCUCCCCGAGCAACUUUGUCAACCAGUGCAUCCGAAAACGACGCCAAAGACCAAAUCCAACCGCCCCCAAAUUUUGGCGGGCUCUUCGGUACGUGAAGAACGCUUCUGAAGCCGUCAGUCGUCAUCUCACUCCACUUGGAGCUGGGGUUGCAAAAAGCCGGAAGCAACCAUCAGGCGCCAAUUCAUGAGACCAAAAGACCAGUUGCCAUGGCAGGAAACGUCUGGAGUCAUUUACCGGAUCUGGUAUAGUUGCGGACAAAGCAACUAUGUCGGAGAAACUGGGAAAUUAUUCUGGACGCGAAUUGCCAAGACCGCAGCAGCAGUGAGGCGGGGAGACGCUAGCUCUCAGGUGACGGCGCAUUCGACGGGACGCGACCAUAUUUUCAAGUUUCAAGAGGCCGAAAGCUGCGCAAGGGGUGACAAAUGCGUGAGCCGUGAGCCGUGAGACGUGGGCCGCUCGAGUUAUGGGUCUCAGGCCCGCAAUCCAUCAACAAGCGUAAUGACUUCCCGUUAUCGUAUUUUGUGCUGGGAGUUUCCCUGUGCAGGGAAAUCGGUCGCGUGGGGAGGGCGUGGGCGAGCAAUUAUCCCAGUGACAGUGGGCCAAUUUGCCGAGCAAUCGUCUCACUACCAUCCAGCACUGAUGACGAAAUCACGGUCAGCAACUACUCGGACGCGGACUGACAAGCCACUAUCGCGUUAAUUACGACCCCGGCGGUGAUUGCCAGAGCUGUUAAUUACAGUGCGCAAAUGGUCCCACGGCGGCCACGUGCUAUAAAUACUGCAUUCCUUGUGCCAUCAUUACCCUUAUCUGUGGCCGUCUCUGAUGGUGGGUUCGAGUGAGAAUCCGAAACGUCAGGCCAAUGCAUUUCUUGUUCCAGUGAUCGCAUCUUCGUUUUCUGAACUGCUACUUUUAACUCGCCCGUUCGCUCCUAUUUGCAGACUUUGAAACUUUGUGCAUUGUCCUGGCCGUGUUUCCAUGCGGACGGUACUCCUACGAAGUGUUCCAUCAGACUUGUCCCCUAAAUGGGUUGUCCAGAAAGAGAGGGCACUUUAUCUCCAAAGAGAAACUCAAGGCUGGGUUAGAUUGAUUUCUUUUCCUCUGGAGGCAGUUUGGACCAAGCUUUUUAUACCCUUGUACGACAUUACAACCUAUUUUAACCGAGGUAACGCUCAGGUCUAGGUGAGUUUAUUUGCGUAAGAAAAGCAUUUAAGUUGAAAUUACACUGCGAGCUCUGUUAUUGAGGGUAUAGGCUGAAGAGUGUGAGGUGAAAUGCUUAAGUGUGAGCAGGAAUGUCAUUUGUCGACGAAAAUAUAGGCCAAUAAGGAUUAGUUGUUUGCCAUAUGGCCUGGGACCUAUUGGAACUGCGCCAUGUUUGGGGGUGGAGUUUGUGAUGGUGAAGUAUUGUUUUUUAGAACUAAACUCUUUAAAGUUUCGAGUGUCAAAAGGCUGUACUGGUCCCGCUUUUAAACCAUGCACCUGCUUAUACCUGGGUGAAGCUACUGGUGGGAUUGUUGACGAUGUGACUGCAAGCGGUCUGUUCUUUGGUUGGCAUUCGCUGAGUUCGACAGUGGUUGCAUUCCCUCCAGAGUCACCUAAAUUAAGAGAUAUCAAGGAUACAGGGGACGACUCAUAUAAUUCAGGAUUUGUCAGGAUUUGUCGAAGCUAUGAAUAUUUAAACUUCUGCAUGUGUGUGGAAUCGGCAGAGACAGAAUAAUGCCACUUACGGCAAAAUUCUUUUGAAUAUCACUCCAUGACACAAGAGACAAACUUUUUUCUCAGAGAAGAAGGUAACUAGUAUGGAGGCACCGGGACUCAGUGAGCGAAGUCAUCUAGCAGAUGUGACCGUGAUUUAUAAGUCGCAAUUCUGCAGAAAUUUGGAAGAUGCCUCGAUACCAGGUUGGCAACAAAACUCACUACUUAUUCUUACGGUGGCUAUUAGGACAAAUGAUGAAACAAAAUAAAUAUUAGGUGAGCACGACCAUACAAGUAAAUUACUUUCUUAAGAGACUCGACGAUUUCACAGAAGAUGUCUACGAAUAAAUUGGCUUCUGGCUGCAAACAAUCACUAAUCUGCCAGGUAAAACCCCAAUCGUACCCCAAUGGGAGCACCUGUUUAAGUUACUGAAUUUGUGAAGUUCCUAUUGUGUGUCCAGUGCACGGAACCAUGACCAAAUGGACGUAAAAAUGUUUUGAAAUAUCAUUAAAUGUUCUGUCAUUACGGUAAAUCGUACAACAUUUGCAUACCGACAGUUCAGCCGCCACAAAAGACAACGCCCUCAUCAAACCCCACAGAGUGGACACGAGAUCGGUAGCUUGCGCGUGAAAAAUUUCACUGUGAAGCGGACCUCCGAGGCUCCUACUGUUUCCUCCAUCUACCUCUUCCACCAGGUUUUGAUGACAAGAAAGUCCGGCCGACUGAAGCUGGGCUAGGAUGCGGUAGUCAACCAACUCAACAAUGUGUCUGCGCGGACACACACACGACUACCUGCUACCACCACAUGUGUCAGGAUCUGUAAGAGCGUGCGGGCCCCAUACGUGCAUGAGUGCCAUGGAGACCACACGCACCAAUCAGUCAUUCCACACAUAUCACUGGCCAAGAGGAUCGUGGUACCCCAUCAGUUGGAAACCUUCGCAGGCCAACUUUUGGCCUGUCGUGGUAGAUUAAAACGCGUCAGUUCAGUGUAUAAAGGAGCGCUUUGAUGUAAGGUGGGAUCGGGUCUCCUGGAGUCGGCUGCACUCCCUCUUCCACGAACCAAUUGACAGACCGAGUCUAUCAGUCAACUGAAAAUGGAGUGGAGCGCAGUGGCUGACAGAGCUAGACGGCCCAUCCACACCUACCAAAGACGACCUGAUAUCUUCUUUAUCUACCGGAAGCAGGAAGAACAAAUCUUUAACUCGUAUGCGAUGAGCAUGUUUUUUCGUGUGAUGUUGCGUCCGCAUUACCGCUGAUGGUUGAACAGGUCACACAAUUGCUACUGAAAGUAGUCAGAAUGUAACGGGACCUGAUGCAUGGUGUGGAGCAGGUUAGUAUAUGGUCUAGGAAUAUGUGGACUGGUAGGAUGAUAUAUGUUGAUGGAGUUUCGAUUCUGGUGGUUAACCGCAAAUUUUCAUGGGGAUGAUUGUGGCCGGGCGGGCUCAUACGAUGACUGAAUGUGCCUGGAGAGUGUGGGCAGGUGAAUCGGGUGCGACGGGUAUGGGUUUAGAUUCCUGACAUUGGUUCACUGGUCUCAUUGCGACGGAUAUGCAAAUGAUCGACCAAGUCGACAUGUUUUUAAAUAUACGGUUGAGGGAAGGACGAGAUAUGAUUAUGGCUACUGAGCCGGUGGUAGAGAAGCUACCGAUAUAGCAGAUGAGUUCGUUUUGUUGAAAUUGUGGUGAAUUCCGCUGUCGCGUAUGUGCAUGUGACUGAGAAGACAUGUGCGGCAUCUUAAUGCUCCGGGACAUUUUGGGGGAGACUAGACGCGUGUUAUGGGUGUAUGUCAGGACUCCAGGCACCAAUUCCCAGAUCAAAGUGCCAUGGAUUCGCAAGUGGCCGAUCUGGCCAAUGCUUGAUUCGAGGGCCUGAUCGCAGUGGGAACAGGCUGAGAUUCAGCCUCCAUUUCCGGUGGAGGGGUGGUAGUUGGCGUAGUGCCGGUACUCUUCUUAACAGUGCUUGUGAUAGUGGUGGCAGUGGCAGUGGUGAUGGUGGUGGUGGUGGUGGUGGUUGUUGUUGAUUUGGGGACGUUUUUCGAGAUUGGAAUGGGGCUGCUUGUUGAUAUUCGAUGGGGUCAAGCUGAGUACAGCGAAAACGAUUCUAGGGCAGAAUGCCUAUAGACAGCAUGGGCACGGUGAAAUGAGUAGGUGCUUGAUUUAUUGUUUCUUGACUACUGACACACGCUAGCCGCUUUUGCGUUGACAGUAAUGAUUCUGUCAGUUACAGUCUUCGCUGCGGUUUUCCAAGUCUACCAAUCUUACGCUUGACCUCUACGAUUCCGUGAGUUGAUUCAUAGGUGCAUGAGGGAAAUUCCCAGGGCAUCUAUGUUGUCCAUAAUUGGCAACAUUCAUGGGCCAUCAGGGCCGUCAUUGAUGAUGAUUUUCUCUCUGAAUAAUAACAGAUAGAGGCAAACAAAGUAGCAGAUGGCUUCAAGAAGUUUCGCGAUUCUGAGUGGAAACUCCUAUAGAAUAGGCAAUGAACGUAACUCUUGGAUGUGAAAAUGGGCAUCUCUCAGGCAUUAUCUACAAUAUCGGAUCUCGCCUGGAUUUUUCCGAAUUUUGUCACCGUUCACGUUUCUGUCCAAAAGAGCUCCUUUUUCGCGGUGGGGAUAUAAGUGCUUCCGUAUGCACUUCAGGGUUUACACAGCACGGCAAUCUGCACAUUUUUUGUGUCCCCUGUUGACAUUUCUUGAUUUUUACAAAUGCCUUCAGUGUUUCACUUUGGAUUAACACCUAUACGGACUUUUAUGUAGAAACAACUUUGAUUUUUAAUUGUUUCGGCUAUUUCACUAUUAUCAAUCAGUUUGGAUCGUAGGAUAUGUGGUCUUAGCAAAUUGGGGACCAGAAAAUGUGUUUUGUCAUCCCCCUUUUGGUAGCGCCUAUUAUAGACAGGACGGACAUUAACUAGGGGUACCCACGCUUUUGCAGGCAUUUGCGCUGAUUUAGUUCUUUGCACGUUGGUUUAGUAAAUCGAACAUAAAUAACUUUGUUAGUGCAUGAGAUCAAUUCGUAUUUUCUUGUGCAGUUACACUAUGAGUCAGCAAGACGGAAGCACCGAGAUCUAUACUUUAAUAAAUAGGAUUAUCCUUUCGUGUCUUGCCAUACGGCCGACUGUACCGGAUGCAACCAUGCCGAUAGCCUACUGAAGCUGGCGGCGCACUUUUAGGCGUCAUCGCUUUGGUUCCCUCAUGUUCUCAGCUGCAGACGAUAGUCCUUUUAUGGUCUGAAAAGUCAUUCGUUGAGAUUAAAGGACUAACGGACGCACUGGGUUUAGGUAUGAUGAAACCCAGUAGAAUAUUCGGUUAUCUAGUUAGGCUGCCAAUAGUGAAGUGAAAGAUGCGGACUGAACAGGUGAUAUUGAAAUGUCAAAUGGGCUAAAGUUUUCGUAGCCCCGAGAAGAUAGCCUGCUUCCUUCGUGUUUGUCUCCUGGGUAUCAGUAUGUUCUGAGACAGUUCACUUAACCUAGACUCGUCUAUGAAGUGUUGUAAUAAGUGCGUGCAUACCUUCCGACAGUUACAGGAUCUUGCGAGGGGUACUGGAUUGCACGGACCUGCCACGGCGGCCAGAGUCGUGGCCGCUGCGAAAUUCGUGGUUGGUCCCGAGUAAAUUGUGGAUAAACUGGACGCCGCUUAAGGGAAAAUUGUAUUCUGUACACAAUAAAUUGUUGAUAGUUUGAGGAAAAGAAAGGGCCACCGGAUCGAGGGACUUGUUUGGCUGACGUUUCGAAGAGCUGGGGGGCUCCCCACUAUCAAAGCUUCUAGUGGGAAAAUCGAUCAGAAUUUUGAAUAGACAGCCGGAUUAGUUGGCUUUAGACUGGUCGAUGUUUUUCGUCUUCCGCUGCCUUAGCCGUCGCUUGUAAGUGUUGGUGGCCUCCUGUAUUGUGUGUCGUCACCUCAAUUGGGGUUAGUUGCGUUUGCGUCCCCUUUUUGGGUGAAUUGGUCGAAAGGCCGUGUUUGCUCUGUAUCCGUAGGCACCGUAUGACUGUCUUGUCUUCGUCACGGCGUAUGUAGUGACGUGGAACUUUAUAAGCCAAAGGAAGGUCUUCAUGCCUGUUGAUGGAGUUGGCAUCUGAGUACCAAAUCUCAUGUGUGAGACGCUCUGUCCUUGAGGUGCCCCUGCCUAAGACGGCUGCUUCUUGAAAAUCAGAACUGUGUCCAGUUUCCCCGAUGUGAGCCGCAAGCUGUGAGUUUGGGUCUAUUCUCCGAGUUGCCAUUUUGUGCUCAUGUAGGCGGGUCUGCAAUUUCCGUCCAGUUUCCCCAACGUAUUUGCAGUCUCCAUCGUUACAACGUAUUUGAUAGACAACUGCUGAGGUUUCGGCGGGUGGCAGUAUGUCUUUGGGUUGCAUUAAACGGCGACGAAUUGUUGCCUGGGGUCGAUGGGCUAUGCCUAUCCUGGCGGAUUGAAACAGUUGUGAAACCACCUCGGAGACUCCUUUACUGUAUGGAAUAGCCCUCCAGACUUCGGGUUGUUCUUCUUGUGGCCGUCGCCUGUUCACUCGGCGCCUGCUUUGCUUGAUAGUUUGGAGCAGGCGGACAACCAGACCAGCGUGAUAAGUCUGGCUUCGAAGUGCCACUGGGACAGGCGUCAAUGCGCCAUGUGUAUUGCUGUAAUUAGACAACAAUCAGACUGUCGAAAUUACGCGCGUGCUGGUACGUGCCUGAGACGCAACGUUGCAUCAGAAACCCGAAGUAGGGUUCCUGCAAAACAACCGGAAUUUGUAAAUGUGGGCACUUGUUUAAGGUCCCAUAUUGUCGUUUUUCCGUCCUCAAAUUAAAAUUUUUUCGGAAAUUGUCUCUUACUACCGACCUGGUCUCGUGAAUUUUAUUUUCAUUUCAUAUUAUUAUUUGUUUGCCUCGGGAUUUCGACACCCCCUACGGUAGAUAACAAUAUUCGUUAUUAGGAAACAUGCAUACGAUUAGCUGUAUGAAUACACCCAGUGGUGUUAUUCCGUCUUUUUAUGUUUUCACUAAAUAGGUACGAAGAUGAUGCGUAUGCGUAUCAUGGGAUGUCUCUUGCGAGCAGCGAGUCUAAGGUCCUUUUCCACGGCGGCCCAUACUUCAGAAGGUAAUCAUGAUGGACGUCAUGCCUAUUUUCCAGGAACCGCUCUUAAAUGCCUGAGUGAAGCUAUCAAAAACAACAACUUUAAAGCAGUCGAGAAAAUUAUUUAUGAACAGGUAUCUGGUUUUCUUUGUCCAUUUAAAAAGGAUCCCUAUGAAGUACGACGUGUGAAGAUGCCAGCCUACACGACAGAGGAAGAACCCAACUUGAUUGCGUCGUCUGCACCGACCCGUCUUAUUGGCUGCCUUUGUACGUCUUGAAUUUUAUUUUUCCUCCGUUUGCUUCUGAUGCGGGUUGCUAGGAUGCCACAGCGGCUUGCAGACCACAGCGCCACACGGUCCCCAAGAGCAUAUUGCGCUUUAUCUGCAGUUUCACAAGUCGUCUGGCCAUCCACGCGCAUGUGUCAAGUAUUACGCUACCGAAGCAGCUAAGCAGGCCCUGUACUCUGCGGUUCUUUGCCAGGAAAAUAAUCGUUCUCAAGAUUUACUGUUUUCCAGCUUAAUAAUGACCUUAACCCCCCUCUUCCCAUCCGUGUUCUGUUAAACCCGGCCAGCAUUUGCGGUCGAGAGGAGUUAAUGGCUGCUACAAGUAGCAGCCCUGAAUUUACUCGGCCCUCCACUAGACAGAAAUAAUUCUGCUGAAUUAUACUUUGCAGGACUUUUUAUGGCCCGUUCUGAGCUCACCUAACUGACACUGACGCUGCCGACGUAGCUUUUGAAGUCACUUUGCUCACACCCUCAUGGUUGUCCAUCUGUUACAGGUGAACCGGAGGCCAAUGCCAUUAACUGGAUGGAGAUUUCUAAAGGACCCCCAAAGAAGUGUUAUUGCGGACACUGGUUUAAAUUAGUUGACUUUGAAGAGUAUCUGGACAAGUCAUCUGAUUGA